ACGGAUUCCACGUCAAUCAUUUCUCACUGGCCCCAAUUUUUGUUUUAGCAUUUCAUCAAACUUGUUCUCUUCAUCAUGAUAAGGCCCGUCACUACCUUGAAAGGAAAUUUUAUAGCUAACUACUUGGGCCAAUUACAUGUUCGCGGGGCGUUGUCGAAGCCGAUUAAACUAUCUUUUGAAAUGAAUACGCCCAACUUUAAUAAUGAAAAAUGUGCUACAACCUAGCCCAACUACCAUACCAGAUCAUUUACACCAAUAAUUAGUCCCAUUUUACCCAAAAUUUUCAUAAUUUAGAGAAUAAAUCUUUAAAAUUCACUAAGAUUAGCGCUUUAUUCUUAAAGUUUCAUAAAUCCUCCUUAUUCUUGAAUUAAAAUUCCUUAACUUCAAAGGGGUAAAAUUGGAUUUGGGGUGUGACAUCAUGGGUCUAAGUGCAAAUAAGAGUUAGUUUGGAGAGCAAAAUAUAAUUAAUUAACCCAACAAACAAACAAAGAAAAAAAGACAGUCCUGCAGGUUUGAGUCGUUUGACCUUUUAUAAAUGUACAAGCCAAAAGAUGCCAAAACAUGGGCUGUUUGCACGUUCCACCUUUGAUUCCUCUCUCUUCCUCCCUAGCCUGUCUUUUAUAUAGUUGAUAGGUGUUAGGUAUUGAAACUUGAAAAGCAUUUUCAUUACUGAAGAACUGGGUUAUUCUAAACUUUUUGAGAGAGGAAAUGGAGCUACAAGAUCUGCUCAAAAUACCAUUCAAUCCACUCCUCUUACUUGUUUUUCUCAUCCCUUUUCUCUAUGUUUUCAAGCGUAUUAGAAAUGGCAAACCCAAUUUACCUCCAUCCCCACCAAAGCUGCCAAUCAUCGGUAACCUACACCAGCUUGGCACACUCCCACACCGCUCUCUUCAAGCCCUUUCUAACAAGUAUGGCCCUCUAAUGUUCUUGUACUUGGGCAAUGCUCCUACCCUUGUGGUGUCAUCGGCUGAUAUGGCCAAAGAAAUGAUGAAGACAAAUGAUAUCACUUUCUCAAACCGGCCCAAAACCACAGCUGCCAAUAUCUUAUUCUAUGGAUGCAAAGACGUUGCGUUCUCACCCUAUGGUGAUUAUUGGAGACAAGCAAGGAAAAUUAGUGUGCUUGAACUUUUGAGCCUCAAAAGUGUGCAAUCGUUCCAGUAUGUAAGGGAAGAAGAAGCUGGAGUAUUGAUCAACAAGAUACGUGACUCGUGUCUCAAAGGAGCUUCUGUUAAUCUAAGUGAGAUGUUGAUUGCAACCUCCAACAACAUAGUCUCUAGAUGCAUCGUUGGACAGAAGUUUGAAGGAGAAAAUGGUAAGAGCAGGUUCGGAGAACUAUCAAGAAGAGUAAUGGUUCUAUUUGUAGCAUUUUGUUGUGGAGAUUUUUUCCCUUCUUUGGGAUGGAUUGAUGUUCUUACGGGAUUAAUUCCGAGUCUAAAAGCCACUUUUAGAGAAUUAGAUGUUUUUUUUGAUCAAGUGAUUGAAGAACAUCAGACAAAGAAAAGUGAUGGUGACCAUCCUAAUAGUCUUGAUUUCGUGGAUAUUCUCCUCCGACUUCAAAAGAAUGACAUGCUCGACUUUGAGCUCGCCAAAGACAACCUCAAAGCAAUUCUAGUGGAUAUGUUUGUAGGAGGAACUGAUACAACCGCAGCAGUUUUGGAAUGGUUAAUGGCGGAGCUUAUAAAUAAUCCAGGUAUCAUGAAGAAAGCACAAGAAGAAGUGAGAAGAGUGGUGGGCAAGAAGUCAAAGAUAGAUGUGAAUGAUAUCAACAAAAUGGAUUACUUGAAAUGUGUCCUUAAAGAAACUGUACGACUACAUCCACCACUUCCUCUUUUGGUACCUCGAGAGACAAUAACAAGUGUGAAAAUUGGAGGCUAUGAUAUUCCCCCCAAAACAAGAGUAUAUACCAAUACAUGGGCAAUCCAAAGGGACCCUAAGGUAUGGGAGAGGCCAGAAGAGUUCCUACCGGAGAGAUUUGAAGGCAACCCAGUUGAUUUUAAAGGCCAAGACUUUGAAUUCAUCCCAUUUGGAGGUGGGAGAAGAGGAUGCCCGGGAAUGACAUUUGGUGUGGCUUCAGUUGAAUAUGUGGUCACCAACCUCUUGUGUUGGUUUGAUUGGAAGUACUUGCCGAGUGGUAAUGUGGAGGGGGAGGACUUGGACAUGACUGAAAUUAGCGCUCUCACUGCGUCUAAGAAAAUUCCUCUUCAUCUUGUUCCAAUACUUCACUCUCCUUGAUCUAUGCAUCAAGAGAUUCAUGGUUGUGCUCAUAAUGUAGUUUUUCUUCAUUCUGCUUAAGAAUUUUCUGUUUUUCCUUAAUGAAAUUAGUGCAAGGGGAUUUCACUUUCGAUUACAAUAAAAGAAGCUUCAAUGAUAUCAGAAACUUUCAUGCUA